GUGAGUGGAACCCAUGUACCAUAUGAAAACAGUUCUCAUUUACCUGUCAAAAGAAAAGUACAAUUUCGAAGUACCACCAAUCAGUUUUUUCUGUUCGCGAUAAUAGUUUGAAAAUUGAAUUAAAAAUAUAUCAGAGUGUCAAUAAAAAUGGAUCAGUAUAUUGGCACGUAAAAAAGUGAAAAAUAAAAAUAUAACGAUUUUAUUUUUUUUUUGUAUAAAAAUAGGGAGCUAAAUUUGCGUUUUGAUAAUGAUCAUCAAGUGAAUGGAAAAACAAUUUUUUCCCAAAAACUUUAGAGUGAAUUUUUUUAUUUGAACUAAAUUUGUUGUGUGAUAGCUGUAAAAAAAUAUUUUACCGAAAUGAUUGUUCGAUUUACUUGCACACUUACCCUUACUUUGGCUGUGAUAGAAUAUUGUACCUGUGCAAAUAUAUUGAUGAUUACCAUGGGAGGUACCAAGUCUCACAAAAUUCCUUUCUGGGAGUUGGCGAGAGGACUCAUACCUAGAGGGCACAACAUAACGUUUUUAAAUGCGUUUCCUAGCGACUUCAUUAUAGAAGGUUUGGAGGAAGUUACGCCUGCUAGUUUUGUAUUUUACGUUAGAAAUUUCACUAAUUGGGAUCUAGUCGGAGCCAAGAUGCGAGGUGAAGAACCAGUACCUUUGUUUGAUAUGAUUAGAUACGGAUAUGAGGCUUGUGAUAUUCUUCUCUCAGAUCCAGAAACAAAGGACUUAAUUUAUUCAGGAAAGAAAUACGAGCUCCUGAUCUUGGACGGUGCCUAUCCAGAAUGCGCAAUGGGAUUUGUGCAUUAUUUCCGGUCACCUUUCAUGUAUAUUAACACAGUGGGUAUGUACGUGGGAUCGAUAUCCAUGGCUGGAAGCCCCACACCUUAUUCAGUCACGCCAUUUUUAGCCAGACCAUAUUCUGAUAAUAUGAAUCUUAUCCAAAGAGUCCAAAACAUGGCGUUUUAUAUGAUGGCUAAUCUAAUGCACUACACCAUGACCAAAUUUGAGAUCCAGGGCGUAUUGAAUCAUCAUUUUGGGACGGAUAUGCCGGCCAUAUACGACUUGUCAAAAAAUGUGAGCUUCAUACUGCAGAAUGGUCAUGCUACGGUGACUUAUUCAAGACCAUUUCUUCCGAACGUUGCUGAGAUAGCUUGCAUACAUUGUAGACCAGCCAGGAAACUGCCAGAGGAUCUGGAAAGAUUUAUUGAAGGAUCUGGAGAGGCUGGCUUCAUCUACUUCAGCAUGGGAUCAUCAGUGAAAGCCAGUAACAUACCUGAGUAUUUCAGAGCUAUGCUGAUGACUGUAUUCAGGAAUUUACAUCAACGUGUUUUAUGGAAGUAUGAGGCAGAUGACAUGACAGAUUUACCAAGCAAUGUCAUGCUAGGAAAAUGGUUACCUCAACAAGAUAUUUUAGGCCAUCCAAAAAUUAAGGCUUUUGUUACACACGGCGGUUUGCUCAGCAUGUUCGAAACAGUGUAUCACGGCGUUCCUAUAGUGACUUUACCAGUGUUCUGUGACCACGACUCCAACGCAGUCAAAGCUGAAACCGAUGGUUACGCUUUAAAAUUGGACCUGUUCACCCUUACUCCCGAGACACUGCUCAGAGGCAUCAAAACCGUGAUCAGGGAUCCAAGAUACCGUUCCCAAGUGAAGCAUCGUCAAAGAUUGCUCCUUGAUCAACCAGAAACACCUUUGGAAAGGUCAGUUUUCUGGACUGAAUACGUUAUUCGACAUAAAGGUGCGGCUCAUUUGCAAUCUCCCAGCAGAAAUAUGAAUUUCCUGCAAUAUUACUCGGUUGAUGUGUUGUUGUUGAUGUUUUUGUUAGUUCUUAGUUGUUGUUAUGUAGCAAACAGGUUGUUUAAGAUGGCGACCAAGCAUAAGGUUAGUUUAGACUUGCCUAGGAAAAUCAUUAAAAUAGAUUGAACGUGUACAAAAAUAAAUUAUUAAAAACUU